AUGUCGUCUGUUGCGAAAUUCAACAAUGUUCUCAUCUCCAAAGCCAGAGAAGAAGUUGUCCGUGAUGCGCUACAGUCGCUUUUCCAUUCCGAGUAUAUUCUCUUGGCCGAGUACAUCGAGCUGAUGGUCCCGAUGCUGUAUUCGCUGUACUUGGUAGUACUGUUCCAUCUCCCAGUAUCGGCGUAUUAUCCUCAUACGGCAUCGAUGACGGCACACGAACUGCAAGGGGCUGUGAUAACUAUUCUGGUUGCGGAAACUCCGUCGAUCAUUAUCCAAUUUGCCAAGUGCCACACAAGCAGCAACAUCAGCCAAACUACAGCCACCAUGUCAUCCGUCACCGCCGACUACAAGCUCUUCACCCCACUGGAACUCAGCAAAGAUCUGGUACUCGAGAACCGCAUCGUGUACGGCCCCACGACUCGCGCGCGUUCCGACAUCGAGACACAUGUGCCACUUGAGCGCAACAUCGUGUACUACGAGCAGCGUGCAGGUGCCGGUCUUCUGAUCAGUGAAGGUUGUGGCAUUUCCGAGCAAGGUUUCGGAUGGCACGGCGCUCCUGCCCUCUACACGGAUGAGCAGGAGGCUAAAUGGAAAGAGCUAGUGGACCGUGUGCACGCCAAGGGAGCCAAGAUCUUCCUGCAGUUGUGGCACAUGGGCCGUCAGUCGCACCCGACUUUCCACCCCUCCAACGAGGUUGUGUCCGCUUCAGCGACUCAGUACGAAGGUGGGACUACGCGUGACGCGAGUGGCGAACGUACGGGCUUUGAGAAGGCUCGCGCUUUGGAAACGGACGAGAUCGCGGAGGUGGUCGAGAUGUACCGCCAGUGUGCCAUUCGAGCGAAGCGUGCUGGCUUCGAUGGCGUCGAAGUGCACGGUGCCAACGGGUAUCUGGUCGAUCAGUUCCUGCAGUCAACGACGAACAAGCGCACAGACAAGUACGGCGGUUCGUUCGAGAACCGCUACCGCUUUUUGCAUGAGAUCGUGGAGGCGUUGAAGACCGUGUUCCCUGCUGGACGCAUCGGUGUACGUCUGUCCCCUAACGGUGUAUUUGGCGGCAUGGGCAGCAAGGACAACAACGAGAUGUUCACCUAUGCCUUCAAUCGCCUGUCGGAACACGGGCUCGCAUACUUGGCGAUGCUUGAUGGCUUUGGCUUCGGCUACUCGACGGAGAGUCGCACGUUGACCGCGUUUGAUGCCAAGAAGGCGUUCAAGGGCAACGUCAUGGCCAACAACAGCUACACGCGCGACACUGCGGAGGGUGCAAUUCGCAGCGGAGCGGCUGACUUUGUGGGCUUCGCUCGUCUGUACAUGUCGAAUCCGGAUCUGGCCGAGCGCUUCCAGAAUGACUGGCCCGUGAACCCGGUGCCUGACUACAAGUACUUUUGGGAUGCCGCUAUGGGCGACAAAGGCUACAACUCUUUCGAGCAGUACAAACCAACGGUGGAGCAGCAGCCAUAG